GAUUGGCUGUCUUGUGGCUGCGGAAGUGAGUCAGUGUGUAGCAGGGAAGCUUGAGUGGAACUGAACGGAGCAAACAUGCGCUAAUUAUUAUAAUUAUUUACAUAACAACAUUAUAAAUCACCUUAAAAGCGUUUUAAUAUGGAGGCAGAAGGUGGUGCGCGUGUCCGAAAUGAAGAUGUUCCUCCCCAGAACCAGGAUCUGAGUUUUCUGCUGCCAUCUGUUGCUACGCUCCUGUCAGACUAUGGCUGGUAUCUGGUGUUCCUGUGUGUGGGAGGAUUUCUGCUCAUCCAGCAUCUCCGCAAGAACAGAUCCACAAACAAUCAGAGCUCUUCUGUGACAGCGGAGAGCCAAGACCCCGUAUCUGUGGUGCGGCGUCAGGAGGCUUUGGAGGCGUCGCGCCGCAGAAUGCAAGAGGAGCAGGACGCCAGAGCUGCAGAAUUCAGAGAGAAGCAGCAGAGGCUGGAGGAGGAAAAGAGAAGACAGAAAAUCGAGAUGUGGGAAAGUAUGAAGGAAGGAAAGAGUUACAAAGGAAAUGCAAAAGUUGCACAACAGAACACUGAAGAAGCUGCUUCCACCAGCUCACUGAGACCAAAGACAGACAAAAAGCCCCUUCGUAACAGUGGAUACAAUCCUCUGACUGGAGAUGGAGGAGGAACGUGCUCCUUUAGACCCGGCAGAAGAGGACCGUCCGCUGGUGGAUGAGGUUAAAGGUCGUCAGAGUAACCUCUGACCCUUUGACACUCCCCCAUAGGAACACAUGAAUAUUAACUGAAUAAGGCUGUCAGCACUCAUCAUAGGACAAUAGCAAAUAUGGUUAUUAAGGAUCUUCAUGAACACUUUCAUUUUUGGCUUAUACAUUACCUAAAUUUUCACUCACCCUCAUGUCGUUCCAGUCCUGUAUGCUGUUACAUUUUUAAUCAGUCAGUUCUAUCUUAUGAACUCCGAUGAUUUUGAAUCUAGUGCACUGGUUGAAUGGGCUUUUGUAGUUCUUCUAAGGCUUAUUUGUUCCCUUUCGAGCUGCAUGAUGAGUGUCCUUUUGUGUUUCACAGUAACAUCAUUUGCAGUCAGAAUGACAUCAGAGUGAGUCGAUAAAGACAGGCUCUUCUUUUUAACGUUUUUUUAAAGCAAAUACUUUUUCUUUAAUUGCACAUUAUGAUUAAGAAACUAUUGCCUAUUUGUAUGAUUGACAGCUUCUAAUGACGCCUCCUCGUCAAAGGUAUUAAUACUCCUGGGGCAGGCUGAUGAUGUUCAGUAAUGAAACGUGUUCCUGUUUUUAGCUUUUGCACUUAUAAAGGCUGUGCUAAAUGAACACCUAGAGAGACUAAAUAAAAAUGCAAAGUGCUACAUUUAUAUCAUUUGAACUGUUUGUAUUCUGUUGUAAAAGUAGUGCUGUUUCAUGACGGAUCCAUCAAUGCAGUCGCUAGUGAUGUAAAAUAGCAGCCUACGUGGUGUGAGGUCUUUGGUGUUUUCAAAAGCAUUUGUUUAGAAAUGUAGUUAUUUUGAGUUUUUCAGAAUUAAAAUGCAUACUUACUCA